CUGCCUUUGUGCCUUCUGUACGAUCAGUUUCGUCACCUCUUCUUCCCCUCUCACGCUUCACUUGUUAUAGUUCGUGGGUCUUACAGGAUCGUCCCCGACGGUUUCACUUGCUGUUUGAAAGGAUAAUUAGGUUGGAAGUCGCGCUUCGUGACUGGUCGGUAUAUGGAAUACGGGAAGAUUGCGUUUUUGAAUGAGCGAGUUUAUGUUGGGGGUUGGAUGUGGAGGCGAGAGGGGCGUGGCGGUGCUGGUGUAGAAGAGCAGGAAGGUCUAGUUCACGUUGAGCUAGGAUUGAUUACGGAGUGGGGCAUUUUGUUUUGAACUUGGAAAGUGGGGGGAGAGAGUGAGAGAGAGCGUGUGUGUGUGUAUUGAAGCCAUAAAUUGGAGUUUGAGAUCCGCGGAGAUUUUUGGCGAGGAAAGGCGAUCGAUUUUUAAGGGUGAAACUCAAUUUUUAACUAUGGCACCAACCCAGACACCCAUGCUAUUUGCCAUCGAAUACAAAGGCGUAAAGCGGCAAAUUAAGCCUUGCGGCAUACGCGAACCAAAGGGUCGAGUGAGGGGUUACAGAGUAGAGAUACGGCCGCCUGGCUCAUCAGACAAGAUCUGGGUUGGGACGUUCGACUCCCCGGACAAAGCCAUGCGGGCCUAUGACCUAUCUCUUCACCUCAUCGGGAAGGACCCCUACUACUACUUGUACCCCGAGAAAUACCUUCCUACGCGCCCCUUUUUGAGGCCGUCAAAGGACUUUGUUCAAAGCCAAGCUAGGAAAUACUCGAACAUGAUUUCCAACCUCAAGAUAAAUCCGGAAUGCUUAAUUCCAUUAGAAAGGAAUUUAUCGCAUUCGAACAAGUCCAGCACUAGGCGGGUGCGAACACCCUCGGGGUUGGGUGCCCCAGAGGUAGAAAGUACCGCUACGAGCGUGUCUCGGGAGGAUUCGAAGUUCGUCGACAUGGAGUCAAUGUUAGUGCCGCUCGAUUCUGCCAAAAAGAUGACGCCGGCCGCUGUGGAGAUCGUGGAUGGGCUUUUACAAGAUCUGGGACGUCCUGGAGCACUGUUUGAUCGAACGUUGAAAUACUCUGCCCCUCCCUUGGCUUUCACAGAAGACAAAGAGGUUGACAUGGAUGCGGUGGAGUCGCCCGCAUAUCAUGGGGGAUUAACCAACUCCAAGGAGUUGGUUGAUGAAAAAUACCAAAUUCGUGUGAUCCCACCCAUUGAGACAGAUAACGAAUUCUGUUUUCAAAACUAUUCCACAACACCACCGAAGUCUCCACAGGACUUGUUUCCAUCAUUCACUAGUUUCGAUUCGUUCAACGAGGACUGCGGCGGCGGUAGAUCAUCGUUGAGAAUGUGGUCCUCGAAAAGGAAGUACAUGGAAUUAGAGUGUGAUGGUGCAGGUGAGGAGUUUGACAGAUUCGGUGCACUGCGGAAGCUUCUCCUUGCAGAUGAUACAAGCACAGCACACGUCCCUGUUACUGCAGGGGACGAUGAUGUGAUGGAUUGCACAAGUGGACCAUUUACAAACUUGAGUGGGAGGCUCAAGAUUGCACAGAUGGAAAUGGAACUUCUGAAGCUGGUCUCUGUUGAAGAAAAUGCCAUCCCAACCGGGAUAGCCAGGAACUCGAUGGACACAGACAUGAUGGAAGAAAUGGAAGAAUCCUGGCUUUCAAGUUUAUUCAGUUAAACUGGAAGACCAGUACCUGUGUCAGGAGAGAAGGUUUUCGUCUUACAUCUUCUACUUGGAGUCCUAUGUUACGACACAACACAAUCGAGUCAUCAAACUUGUCAGCACACCAUUACAUUAGACGAGACACACCUACUUGGUACAAGUAGCUAUAGCACUUAAAUCAUGAAACAGCACAUCUGUAUACUAUAUAAACCACUGUGUAAUCUCUCAUGGAUAAGGUAGAAAUGCUAUUAGUCCGCUCCAAGCUCAGGAGCGUGGUUGAUGGUUCAGAAAUCGCUCUUGUUGAUAGCGAUGUUGCUGGUCUGGCUGGCCGGAAAUUGAAGGAUUCCAAGGCACGCUUAGACAUUUUUCUCCAUUGCCAAGAAAAGCAGUUUAUCCUGUUUGUUUUGCUAAAAUCCCUUACUACCUCAAAAGCAGAAUGGAAAAAACUUAAACAAC